AUGUUGGGCGUAGAAGACGACAGCUUUCACGUCUCACGUGAAGGCUACUCCCAUCUGAGUGACUCAUACUGGAAGAUAGUCGGCCGCAUGAGUGUGCUCAUAGGAGAACCCGCCAUUAGUGGCAUGUUGGAGUUCCUAAGCAGAGGCCAGCGACAUGCUGCGAUCGACACGUUCCUACAAGAGGAACUUGCCGUCGAAAGACAGAAGAUAGUCUUGCUACAACAGCAAGUUUCUCAUCAGUCGAUGGGCGGACCGACGCACAAUGCGUCGACCCGAAACCUUGAAGAUUGA